GCCCCCUUAGCUCAAAAUGCGACACCGGAAGUUCCGCAUUACUACUGCGUAUGGCGUUGCAGUAACGUGGCUAACGGUAAUGUUUGCUAACUAAUUAGCAGAAGAGUCGGAACUAUGGAACAGUGUGCAUGUGUGGAGCGAGAGCUGGAGAAAGUCCUCCAUCGCUUUGUGAUGUACGGCCACCAGUCAGAGGAGAGGCUAGACGAGCUUCUGCGAAGCGUCUGUGACAUACGUGGGCAGCUUGUUGCCUUUGGAGUACAAGAUGCAGACUUAUCAGUCCUGUCUCAGACUAUGGCUCAGUGUUGUAAGAAUAUCAAAGAAACCGUGCAGAUGUUGGCUUCUCGGCACAAGGACAUCCACGGCAGUGUGUCAAAAGUGGGCAAAGCUAUUGACAGG